AUGGGUGCGAAGGACAACGUGAAAAUGGCCUCUCAAAGCUUGGAGGGAGGAAGUGCUCUCCUGGUUGCUGACAAUUUCGGACAGAUACUGAUGGUUAUGUUUGGCGCGUAUAUUGCAGUCGCGCAUCGCUGGCUCGGCUGGAAGAACCUUGUGCCGGCGAUCCUUGUACCACUGGUAGUGGCCGUGCUCACGGCAUUGCUGACCAUGUAUUGGAGCUCUCGACGGAAUACUUGCACUCAGAAAGCCGAGGAGGACAGCAAGGUGGGCAGCUUGCAGGAGCAGGUGCAUCAGGUGGAUGAGGAAGACAUAGAUCCGAUCUGGACGGCAGAUUGGACAAGCCGCGAGGAGAGGGCGGAGGCUGCGAAGAAGCUGCAAGAAGCAGAGCCCCCUCGCAAGAUCGAGGUGUUCGAUCUCAACGACACUCCAACCUGGCUAGCGCAGAUGCAGAAGCGCCGUGAGCAAGCCCAGCGUGCCGGAAAGGACAAGCUCGUCCAAAAGUUGGACAAAGAGAUCGAGCAGGCUAUGAGCAAGUCCCUCACAACCAAGCGAGGAGGCUUUGAGGGAGGUGUAAAGCUUUGCAAGGCAGAGGACGACGUCUGGAACAUGGGGCAGAUUGCAGGCCUCACAGCGAACUCCAAGCACAUUUCGUCCGGUGAAGAUCCUGGACUAGUGAUUUCCUGCAAGACUUCUUGCCAAGGACAGCGCUCCUUCGUAGAAGCUGAUAGAUGGGCGUGCGUGUUUGCCAUGGCAAGUGACAAGGGUCUGGAGGGAAAGCAGGCCUCCUCGCUUCUGGCAUCCCUCGAGCGCGAGCGCAAUGAUCGUGCUGCCAUGACUCGCUCGCUGACUGAUCAGCUUUCGGGUCUUCGGCGUCUGGAGCGCGUGGCAUUGGCAGGGGCUGAUUCUGCUCGUUUAGCGCAGCUGAGCCAAUUGCGGCGCAAGAUGUUGCAACAUUGCCUCGACAUGCCCACUGUGGCUUGCGAAGAGGAGGCGGGUCCCUCCGAAAAGGGCAUAGAUUCCUUGCUGCGGGAUGUGCGCCACUGGCAUGCAGAACUGAGACAGCUGCACGCAGUGGAUAAGGAUAGAUUGUCUGGAUUCCCAGGCGCUCUAACUCCGCUUUCCACAGAGAUUCGAUCGCUUCGUCGUAUCUUGGCAGAGCAGGAGGAGCAAAGGAAGGAUGCCGAAGAGCGGCUGCAAACUCUUCCGAGACGGAUUCCGGCAAUACACCCAGUGCAAAGCGAGUCGCCCAAGCCGGGCUUCAAUGUGAGUGUGGCUGCUGGCAUACGCCUAGCGAUGCCGCCACAUGCUGCAGGCAAAGUAGCCAGAGGCCCAGAGCCAGCGCUCCUGUUGUGUGAACAUCUCACGAAGAGGGAGGGAAGGGAAGACGUGGAGAAAGGGGAUCAGGCUGCGAGUGACAGUUCAGAUGAGGGGGUGGUGGUGCUGAUGACCAGCAUCCCCAGCCGAAUCGACCGCGUUGAACCCGUAAUCGACUCCAUGCUCGCGCAAAGCUGGCCGGCAGAGAUCUACAUGAGCGUGCCGUACAUCUACAAUCGUACGGGGGAGGCAUACAAAAUUCCGGCGUGGCUGCAAGCGAAGGCAGGAAUCCCUGGUUUUCAUCUGGUUCGCUGCACGGAUUUGGGGCCCGGGACCCACCUCUUGAAUGGCCUUCGCCUGGAGCAAGAUCCAUGGACUUUCCUGGUUGUUGUGGAUGACGACCACAUUUACGGUCCAGAGCUGGUGGAGCAGCUGCUGCGGGCAGCACUCGGGAACCCUGGCAGUGCCAUAGCAGCUCAGGGCUUCCUCUCAGUUCCCGGGCUUCUCCAAUCAGAUGAGCUUCGCUCCGUGCAGGAGCAAGGUGGCGAACGCCCCAGAUAUUUGCAGGAUCAGGGCUUUGCAGCUGGACCUGUGCUUGUUAGCUAUCUGGGUGUUGUGUACCAGCGCGGCUUCUUUGAUGAUACCGUGUACUCCUACAGUAGCGACUGCCAGCAGUGCCGCUAUCAGGAUGACAUGUGGUUUUCCGCGCACCUCGCGCAGAAAGGCAUACGCCGUCUGGUUCUUGGAGCCGCGCUCGGUGUGCAGGAGCUGACAGAAAUGCAUCUCGGCCCUGAGUCCCUUACUUUCUGGAAAGAAAACAAACCUCGGCAGAUCAGUGACGACUGCAACAAGGGCUUGCUGCGUUCCAAUAGACACCUCUGGGCUUUUCGGCGGCGAGUCGUGCUUGCCAUUGCUGGGCUGCCGCCGGGGACGUGGCCCUUUCCAAAUGAGGUGCCUUCAGACUGGGUUCCGGCACUGGCGGCCUUUGCCAGGCUUCCGAAGCCCCCUGACUUGACUUACCUUUGCACUAGUGGCUGGGAAGAGGCUGGACAAACCGCUGGCUUCGCGGUUGGGAAAUCCUUCAUGCUUGACACCAUCCUGGCAACUGGCUCGAGCGCCUGUGAGGCGCACGCUGAAGCCAGGAUGUCGCAGCUGAUGCGCGAUCCCCUGCUGUGGGAAGGAGACCCCAACACGGUCCUCAUCAUGGGCUCUCUCCAACUAUUGGAGGAUGAUCCAACAGGCUUCUGGGAGGUGGCCGAAUGUGCCGCCAGCAUGUUCGAUGCUGCUGCUGAAGAGGCGGAACUCGAAGCGAGGAAGCUCCGCGACUUAAAGCAGAAAGUCUUGGCGACUGAGACUGCCAAGGUUGCUGACGAGGGCGUCUCGCAGCAAUACGGCCACAUAAUGCUCAACAUGAUGUUUCGACAGCGUGGAGACUCCCACGUCCUGGGGGACAUCGCUUUGCCAAGGUCGCAGAAACAAGGCGAGCAUGUUUGGCCGUACUGCCGCAUGGGCGACUGGGUGGCUGCCACUGUUGGUGCCUUCACUGCGGGCUAG